AUGGCUUGCGAAGCGCACUUUCUAUCCACUUACCAACGUGAUAAGAGCGGAAGAUUUAUAGUGCGGUUACCAUUCAACGAGAACGCUUCUAAAUUGGGUGAUUGUCGUGCAUUGGCCCUGAAGAGGUUCUUGAUUCAAGAAAAACGCUUGAUAAAUAAUCCAGAGCUACAGGCGCAGUACGUCAAGUUCAUCCAGGAGUACGAGGCUCUCGGACUUUGUCGGGAAAUUUUUGAGGCAAAUGAUCCACCUAACCAGCAGAAGUAUUAUCUUCCUCGUCACGCGGUAUUACGUCCAUCCAGCUCGAGCACGAAGUGUCGGGUCGUUUUUAAUGCAAGUACAAAGUCCUCAUCAGUGCAGCUGUCCUUAAACGAAGUUCUACAAGUGGGUCCAGUAGUACAGAAUGAUUUGCAUUUCAUCAUUCUUCGCUUCAGAAAAUUUAAGAUUGCGUUUUCCGGGGACAUUGCCAAAAUGUAUCGGUGCUUGGUACAGCUCGUCGAAGAAGAAGGCAAAUCUUUUCCUAUCGCCGCUCGCAUCGUGAAGGAUGAAACUUGUAUGGACGAUGUGCUUUCCGGUGCAGGCUCAAUAGAAGAGGCCAUCGGGGCUCAACGACAACUACAACAGCUUCUAGAGAGCGGUGGAUUCCCGAUACGCAAGUGGUGUUCGAAUUCUCCUGAAUUUCUCGAGCACAUUCCUAUAGAAGAUCAAGAAAAGAGGGUGCCAUUGGCUGAACGCGGAGUUAACGAGGCUAUCAAGGUUCUCGGACUGCUAUGGGAUUCAUCUGCCGAUACUUUGUACAACACAAAAAAUACGAAGCAGUCGCCGCAUUCACAACACCGUUUCACUAAAAGGGUGAUGUACUCAGAAAUCGCCAAAUUCUUCGACCCUCUAGGAUUGAUCUUUCCAGUAACUGUUUUGGCAAAACUCCUGGCUCAACGACUGUGGCAACUUAAAAUCGGAUGGAACAAUCCGGUCGAUGAAGGCACAGCGCGACAGUGGAAUGAACUGCAAGUCCCGAUGUCUUUGCUAGCACAUAUCGCCAUUCCAAGAUGCGUCACCUUUGAAGGAGCCAUUGCUCACGAGCUGCAUGGUUUUUCUGACGCCUCCACCGUGGCAUAUGGGGCUUGCAUCUACCUGCGUAGCCUAUUUGCCGACGGUUCAGCCGAGCUGCGUCUACUUACCAGCAAGUCAAAGGUAGCUCCUUUGGAGGAACUUUCAAUCCCUCGCAAGGAGUUAUGCGCCGCGCGGCUAUUGACCCGGUUGUUAGUAAAAGUAAUACCCGCCUUGGAUAUGGAACUCCGAGAGAUUGUGCUUUGGUGUGACAGCACAAUUGUCCUGGCAUGGAUCAAGAAGCCGCUCAACCAACUCCAGUUGUAUGUCCGGAAUCGAAUCGCCAUAAUCCAACAACACAAUAGUGGAUACCGCUGGAAAUACAUUCGAUCGCAGCAAAACCACCGUUUCUCGUGGUCAACUACCAGAGGGUUUUAA